AUGGUGGCUCGGGCUGCGAGCCGCCGCCCUCCGCGCCCCGAGGAGGCCUCCUGCGCCCGGGCCGGCCCCGCGCGCCGCCCUCCUAUAGUCCCAUCGCGGCCCCGCCCGGCGCGGCCCUGCCUCUCCCGGGCCCGCCUCCCUCUCCCGAGCCCCGGGCCCGCGGCCUGCGUGGGGCUCGGCCCAAGCGUGGAUCCGCGGCCCGGCUGGGGCGCGCCCACGCCCGCGAGACCCGCCCUGGCGGCGCCGGAUCCCGCAGGCAGCGGCGGUGGCGGCGGCGCGGCCGGAGCCCACGGCGACCCCACCGCGGCCCGCCCGCCGGAGGUCUGCGCCCUGGAAAAAAGGAAAAGCGAAAGCCGGCGGCCUGCCGACCUAAGAAUAGAAUCCGGGCGUUGGGCGAAGGGGACGCGGCCCAGCCUCCCGGGUCGGGAUCGCGGCCUCGGGCUAGGGGAUGCGCUCUGCCCCAGGGAUGCAGCGGUGCGCGGGGAGAAGGGCCCGGCCACCCUCUGCCGUGGCCGCGGCGGGGGACGCACCAUGCGCUUCCCCGUUGCUAUCGCGAGCCCCGGGGCCCAGGAGGCCCCCAGAAACCAACUUGCGAGCUUGAGUUUGCGGCAGGCGGCACCGUGGUGGAGGGGACGCCGGGCAGGGUGGGUUCUGCGCGCCGUGGGAACCGAGAGAAAGACGGGGAAGUGAAAGGAGAGACGAGUGCCACCAGGAGGAGAUGCGGAAGAGGGGCCAACAGGACAGAACCCGACAGAACAGCACAGAACAGCCAGCUGUGUCGCUGACUUUUCUCCCAUGACUCAAUCCAAACGCUGAACAGCUGACAAAAGAAAGUAACCAAAGGCCUGCGCUAUAUUUACAAGAGCAAACAACAGGAUGGCACCAAAGAAUCUUUUCCAAAGGAAAUCAUGCUUCUUAGAAAUAAAUAAAAAUACCUUAAAGUUGAGCAAUGCAUCAAGGAAUUGCUGUCUUUAAUGUUUGACUUGAAGGAACAGAAGAGAGUAAGUGACAAAUGCAGAUCUCAAUGGUAAGGAAAGAAGCUGAAAUAAUGAAGCAAUACAAACAUCUGGAGUGGGAUUCUACCAUAAGAAUUUACUGCAUCUUCAGGAAUAUUGUAACAAGGUCUGUAGAUCGUAGGCUUAAAAGAAGUCACAAAGGAGCAUAUAAUGCAAAAAAAAAAAAUACUCAUUUUACCGUAUUCCACGUGGAGUUCUGGCAAGAAAAGAGAAACAGAGAAGACAAAAGAACUCAGAAAUUCUACUUAAUAGGAAAGCUAAAUCUUUUUUAUUGUUAUGUAUUCUACAUACACACAAACACAAACAAUGACAAAUUCCAUCUGUAAACAAAUCCCCAGAGGGGUAAACCUAGUUGCCCAGAGCCCUUGCAACAGCAGAAGAAAAGAGACAGACAGACAGACAGACAGACCGGGGCUUGCAGGUGUAGAACUAGCCAUGCCCUUGCUGCUCUUGUGUGCAGCACUACUUUGUUGUUCUGGCUCCAAACUGUCGCAGAAACACUCUGGGAAAGGCGUCGAGUCACUUCCCUCAGUGCUUACUCACAAGCCCAUACAGCAGCAAGCGUUUCUUGGCACGGUUUAGAUAAGGAAAUAGUGAGGUGGUGGGGCGGGGAGGAGUUGGGGGCGCGCUGGAAAUACAAACAGACUUCAAGAAGCUGUUGGAAAAUGGAAGUAAGAAAAAUUUUUUAAUGUAAGUCUUGUCUGUCAACAUCAGCUCUAUCAGUUCGAGACACUUCUGUGAGCUCUGAUACUAGCCAUUGAGCCCAUCCCUGAAGAUGUGAGGUCCUGGGAACUUGGCCAGCUCUUUCUGCAAGAUUACCUGAAGAAAAAUGGGUACAUUUCAAAGACUUUUUAAAACUAAAAAACAAGAAGCCAGCAAGAGUCAAAGCAGGACUGUUAGGAGAAUGCCUGGUGGUUUCCAGCUGAAACUCUGAUGAACUUCCCUGGUUCGAUGAGGAAUGAGCAGGAGGGUGGUUGUGGUGGACAGGGACUCUCUGGUCAAAAUUUCCUGAGCACACUUUCAAAAUAAGUAGACAUCCUAGUUAUCUGGGCUCCAGAAAGUCAAGAAGCAAAAUGCCUUGAGCAUUCCGUAAAGCUGCUGCUGUAACCUCUGGGGCCCAUCAGGCAGAAUGUUCGUUCAGCUUUAAUCCAUCAAAUUUGCACAAACUGAAGAUGGGUACUUAGCCUAGCAACUAAGGUGCCUGCUUCCCACAUCAGAGGGUCUGGGUUCAAUUCUAAACUCUGGUUUCUGACUCCAGCGUCCUGCUAAUGCAGCCCCUGAGAGCAGUCGCGACAACCCAGGCACCCUGCCACCCAUAAGGGAGCCCUAGGUUGCACACCUGGCUCCUGCCCAGCCCCAGUUGCUGCAAGCAUUGUGGGAAUGAAUCAGCAGACAUCUUUCUGUGUCUGAAAUACAUAAAUAAAAUACUUUAAAAAGGAAUUGUGUAAGUGAACCAAGUCUGUCUG